AUGAACGGAGGCACCUGUAUCCUCGGCAGCUUCUGUGCGUGUCCCACAGGCUUCAGCGGGAGGAGCUGCGAGUACGACACACAACUGAGGAGCUGUGGGCCGGUGCCCCAUGGUCAGUGGGUUCAGAAGGGCUGCUCGUACUGUCGCUGUGGUUACGGACUCUGGCACUGUUUCCAUCAUGUCUUCCACCAGGACUGUGAGGGAUCAGACGAGGUGCGAUGGUCCCGGUCUUCAUCUGAGGAGGUCCGUCUGAGCUGGGGUCUGUUCGGAGCGCUCCCCCUCCUCUCUCUCCUGAUACCUCCUCCUCCUGCUGCAGACCUCCUCCUCCUGCUGCAGACCUUCUCCUCCUGCUGCAGACCUCCUCCUCCUGCUGCAGACCUCCUCCUCCUGCUGCAGACCUCCUCCUCCUGCUGCAGACCUCCUCCUCCUGAUGUAGACCUCCUCCUCCUGCUGCAGACCUCCUCCUCCUGA